AUGAGCUUCUUGGGAAGGUUAAACUACAUUGGGCGGUUCAUAGCCCAGUCAACUGUGAUUGUGGAGCCAAUCCUUAAAUUGCUCAAGAAAGACGCUCCCACAAAUUGGACGGAAGAAUGCCAAGAGGCAUUUGACAAAAUCAAGAGAUAUCUUUCCAAUCCUCCCGUCCUAGUGCCACCCAGGCAAGGGAGUCCUCUGUUACUGUACCUGUCGGUAUCAGAAAAUGCUUUCGGGUGCAUGCUCGCCCAGCAUGAUGAAGAGGGAAAAAAGGAACAUGCCAUCUACUAUUUGAGCAAGAAGUUCACAUCCUGCGAGGCACGGUAUACGCUCGUAGAGAAAACCUGUUGUGCUCUGACCUGGAUUGCUCAAAAGCUGAGGCACUACCUAUCGGUGUUCACUACUCACCUCAUAUCCAGAAUGGAUCCAUUGAGAUAUAUUUUUCGACAACCGAUGCCCGUAGGAAAAUUGGCUAAAUGGCAGAUGCUACUAAGCGAAUUCGACAUCGUAUACGUAGCACAAAAGGCAAUCAAAGGACAAGCCCUAGCUGACUUGCUGGCAGAAAGUCCCGUCGAUGACAAACUUGAACCAUUACGGACUUUCUUCCCAGAUGAGGAAGUGAUGGCUAUGGAAGAAGAGGUGGCAGAACCAUACUCAGGUUGGAGACUGUUCUUCGAUGGAGCAGUCAAUUACAAAGGAUCAGGCAUCGGGGCAGUGUUAAUAUCAGAAACAGGACAACACUAUCCGAUGGCCGCAAAGCUCAACUUCAGAUGUACCAACAACAUGGCGGAAUAUGAAGCGUGUAUCCUCGGCCUCAGGAUGGCAUUGGACAUGAACAUACAAGAGUUGUUGAGGUUGUGCGGGAGAUUCAAGAGUAUCGACUUCAGGCAUACUUUGAGGGCUCAAAAUGAGUUUGCAGACGCAUUGGCUACGAUAGCCUCCAUGAUCCAGCACCCUGAGAGUACUCACAUUGAUCCACUAGAGAUCACACUGAGAGAAGAACAGGCUCACUGCGCCCAUGUCGAGGCCGAGCCGGAUGGCCAACCAUGGUAUGCCGACAUCAAGGCAUACCUGGAGAAAGGAGAGUACCCCCCAGAGAGUUCAGCAAAUCAGAAGAAGACCAUCAGGAGGUUGGCUAAUGGGUUCUUCUUGAACAAAGAAGUGUUGUACAAAAGGACACCUGACCUUGGGUUACUCAGGAUCAUCCAAGAGGCAGAGCUAAAUGAUGCAGAAUGGGUCAGAAAUCGCUACGAGCAACUGGCCAUGAUAGAUGAAAAGAGAAUGGUGGCGGUUUUUAAUAGGACAGUAGGCACGUCAUCAACCGGCUUACUCACAGCAAAGGCGAAAAGCAAACUCAGCCAUGAGGCAAAGUACCAGGAGGUCACAGCAGAGAAUGGGCGAUAA